AUGAGUGAUCGAACGCCUAAGGUGCAAGCUUGCGAUGGUUGUCGAACGCGGAAAGUCAGGUGCAAUGGUCGACAACCAUGCCCUCAGUGCGAACACUUCAACCUGCGAUGCACCUUCUCGCCAAAGAAAGAGCGCACAUACGGUCGACGUGGUCGUCUGGUUGCCCAGCUAAGGAGUGGAGGCAGCGAUCAUCAAAAGAAGCCCACUUCAGCUUCGUCGUUCCUUCCACUUCGCCCUCGCGACACGGACAGUCGUGAAGGAACCUCGCAGGUCGCUUCAUCAUCAAAUGCCUCUCCGCGGGAGCCACGUGCAAGUGCUGGCAGAGAAAGUCCCGGAGCCCAAUCAUCUACCGCAAGCCAAGAGCCACUCUCUGCAAGGCUGAUCGAAGAUAGCCGGGCUCUUAUCACGCCUCAUGCCAACUAUACUGCCGACUACUUCCUAGCCCUCAUCCCAGACUUCGAGAACUACACCUAUCCAGUAAAUCCCAUCAUCACAUCAGAGCAGAUCCGCCUUUCCAUCGAUCUAGCGUCAACAAAUGCUACGCACGCAGCCCUGGUUUACAGCUUUGCAGCCGUCACCAUUAACUUGACCAUGACCCAGCAGCAACACACACAUAAGCUAAGCAUUGACUUCAUCAACAGUAACGAGUUUGGCAUGCCUACCACAACUUCCGAGCGCAUCCAUGAUCUUAUGAAUCACUCUCUCCGCGCCAGACAACGAGCGAUGCCGGUUGAUGCUUUCUCGGACGAUUUGCUCUCGGAUAAGCUGAUCGAGAUCCGGAUUGCGACCUGCAUCUUUCUUGAGAUUUGCUGGAUGGCCUUUAAAAAGCAUGAGCAAGCAUUUUUAAUUCUCCGAGAGGCGAUUGCAAUGAUCCAGUUGCUCCAUAUAGACAGAGGUCCGGGCAAACUGACAGAACCUGAAUAUGCUCGACGCCGGAGGAUAUACUGGGAAGCAUACAUCCACGAGCGAUUCCUAACCAUAACAAACUGUUUUCCUUCCAUCUUGUCUCCCUUGAGGGAUAGACCAAUGAUGGCAGAUCCAUCCAUACCAACCAAUAUUGAUUCGGGAUUCAAACGAAUAAUCAAUCUGUUCCUCAUCCUCGAUGCCGACUUGCUCGCCAAUUGGAUGGCUCAGAAUGACAACACCGCUGACCCGUUGAACUAUAUCCGCCUGGAACAUGACGGCAUCACAGUCGAGUGGAUCGAGCAGAAACAGCAACAACUAGACGACGAAGAGGCUGAGGUUGAAGAAGAGCAGCAACGCUUGCAAGGGACUCCCGCAGCGCUGACAGAACUGCAGCUGGCUGAUCUAUUCAUCACCCGCGCUUGGAUGAGGACUAUCGUCUGGCAGCUCGCGAUGUCGGACUUUUUGUUGUCCAGCGGGCCAAUAGGCUCGGAAAGGCAUGAGGCGUUGUCACUAUUCUUUCCCGCCCAACGUUUAUCCGCACAGUUACGCAAGUUAGCGCAGUUCCAGCUGGAGACGAGCAUUGGGAUGCAUGGGAGUGGAAUUUUGCAGAAAAUCUUUGAGAUCGCCAACACCAUCGCUGAUGUCAUGGCCUUAUUUCCAGUAGCUCCAGCAGACACUGGAGGUGGUGAGGAAUCGGGCAACUUCAGAAAUGACCGUCAGAAAAGCCUGAGGAUUGAUCAGACCCAGGCUCGUCAGUGCAUGUCAGACCUUUUGCUUUUGGUAAAAGUUCUACUGUCCUUCGAAAGGAUAGACAAGACACAAAGGGAUAUUAUCUUGUCCAAAGUGGAGACACUGAAGACCAUCUUUCCAGGAACGGACUUUGAGAAUCCGCCGCCUGCUUGCUAA